AUGGAAGUUAUCCCAAGCAUCGGCUUAGGCACAUUUCUUGCUGAAGAUCCUGCUGCAUUGAAGGCAGCUGUUCAUUCUGCUAUAGAAGAUAGUGGAUAUCGCCAUGUUGAUUGUGCGGCCUACUAUAAAAAUCAGGAAAUAAUUGGAGAAGCUCUUUCAGAAAUAUUCGCGAAAGGUCAGGUCAAGCGUGAAGAAGUUUGGAUUACAUCCAAAGUUUGGAAUACAAAGCACAGACCAGAUCUUUUGGUUAAAGAUGUAAAGAAAACACUUAAGGAGCUUAAGCUCGAAUAUUUGGACUUAGUCCUUGUUCACUGGGCUUGCGCGUUUCAGUCUCGCGAGGAUGAUGAAUACCUUCCAAGAGAUGAAACAGGAAAAAUCAUCACAGAGAACAUUGAUAUCUUGGAGACAUGGAAGGCAAUGGAAGAGUGCUACAAUCUUGGCCUUGCUAAGCAUAUUGGCGUUUCAAACUUUUCAAUUGAACAACUUGAGAGAAUGCGCUACGAUCCAGGAGUCAAAAUCCAACCAUAUUGCAAUCAGGUAGAAUCACACAUGUAUCUUCAACAACAACCAAUGCUCGAUUACUUAACACAGCGUAAAAUGUACAUGAUUUCUUAUACAUGCCUUGGAAGAGCCACACUUAAAGGCCCAUAUGGAUAUCCAUUGCUUCAGGAUCCUGUUUUGAACGAAGUCGCCAAGGAAAUCGGAAAAACUCCAGCACAAACAAAUCUCAGAUUCCUCCUGAAGCUUUCUCCAUAUGCAGUUGUCAUUCCGAAGUCUUUGAACCCUGCCAACAUCAAGGGCAACAUUUCUCUUGAUUUCGACUUAACUCAGGAACAAUUUGAGAAACUCCGCAGUCGCCAGUGCGGAUGGAGAUUUGUUAACCCAUAUCCAAACUGGAAGGUUGAUGCUUUAUCAUUAGGCUUCAAUUAA